AUGACGGAGUGGACGCUCCUCAAACGUCUCCUGGACGCCGUCCACCAGCACUCCACCAUGAUUGGACGCCUCUGGCUCACCGUCAUGGUGAUCUUUCGCCUCCUCAUCAUUGCCGUGGCGAUUGAGGACGUGUACGCCGACGAGCAGGAGAUGUUUGUGUGCAACACCCUGCAGCCGGGCUGUGCCACUGUCUGCUAUGACGCCUUCGCCCCCAUCUCACAGCCGCGCUUCUGGGUCUUCCACAUCAUCAGUGUCUCGACUCCAUCUCUCUGUUUUAUCAUAUAUACGUGGCAUAAUCUGUCGAAGCUGCCGCAGGGACACGGGGGGCUGGGCCAGGGGGUUAACCCAAGGGACUUGCCUCGAGACGGGGGGAAGGAUGGAGGUCGAGAGGCAUUCAACCGGAGCUGCGACUCGGAUAGCUGCUCCAUUCGUUCGCACCGGCACUUAGGUCACAGCUUGGCCAAUGUCUUGGAGGGAAUCACUGCCCAGAGUCAUAGCCUCCUAAAGGGAGCUGCCACCACUACAGCCACCACAGCCACCACCGCCGUGUCUCUAACCCAGGCCAGGGCUCGCGUCUACAGGAAUAGCCACUAUGAUGCGCCAGGGGGUCCUGGAGGUGGAGGGGGAACCAGAGGCGUCCUUUCCAAGUACUAUGUGUUCCAUGUGUGUUUCCGGGCGCUGCUGGAGGUGGGCUUUGUCAUGGCUCAAUGGUUUCUCUUCGGCUUCUGCGUGCCCGUCCACUUUUUGUGCAAGGCCGCACCCUGCACGCAGCCCGUGGACUGCUACGUGUCACGGCCCACGGAGAAAACCAUCUUCCUCCUCUUCAUGUUCUGCGUGGGGGUUUUCUGCAUCCUCCUCAACCUUCUGGAGCUUAAUCAUCUAGGAUGGAAGAAGAUCAAACUCUCAGUGAGGCUCAAGGAGGGCGGAUCAUGGGGUAAUUAUGGGGUAGAGAAAGGGGGUUACGAAACCUUUGAGACUUUCGCUCCCGACAGCCCCUCACUGACGUCGUCUCUCGGGCUUAGGGACGUCACCAGUACGACGUUGCUACCGACCUUGGAUCUGGUAGUCGACCACCGGCCUGACUGGACCUGUGUGGGGAACUGUCCCCCAUUUAAUAAGGAGCCUGAGGCUGGGAUAGAGACAGGGCUGCAGCUUCCCAACAACCAGGAGCUCCAGAGAGCAGAGACACAGGUUCUGAAGAGCAAGGGGGAGGGCUGGGAAUCCAAGCUACGCAGUACGGAGGUCUGGAUAUGA